UGCAAUGUCUGCACAUAUGACUAAUACAUUUUUGAUUACAGUGAUGCGUCCUUAUUGAGGCCCCAAUAGUUCCUGUUUUGAAACCUGUCAGUGCCAAAUUUAAAGGAGAAAAAUGAUAUAAAAUGAAAAGCAAUGCAAAGUGAAAAGAGCGCUGUUUACUGGUUAUAUAACAUGCAAAAACAGAAAUCAUCAAUCAAAAACAUCCCCACAAAUCAUUCAAAAGACACGCACAUACUCAUCCACCAGGAUUUACAUAGAGCGAUGUGUUUGACACGCCAGUUCACACUCCAGACACACAGUGGACAGAAGAUCAGAGAGGUCAGAAAUAAUCACCAUUGAUAAGUCAUGUCAGUCAACUCGUCUAAUUCCUCUCUUCAUCCCCAUCCUCAUCCUUCAUCCCUCAGCCUCUUUAAUAUACUGCUCAAGUGUUACAGGUCCACAGCUGGCUCUUUCACCAUCACUGCCUUCACCAUCACCAGCAUCCUCUUCAUCCUCCCUCUCUGCAUCCUCGUCCUCUACCUGGGUCACCAGCGAUGGAGGCAACAGCACUCUGGCGCAGUGAUUAGCCACUCAGACCUCUUCACCUACCACAUGGUCAUCACCGAGCUGAUGAAUAUCUUAGGGUUCACCCUGACCUGUUGCGGUGUCCUCACAGAUAUCCCAGAAAUGAUGAUGCCAGGUCUCUACCUUUCCUACAUCAACAUAUCCGCACAGAUGUUCUUUCACAUCCUGACCUGCGUUGAACGUUACCUGGCUGUCGUUCAUCCCGUCACUUACCUGGGCCUGAGGAAGGCACGUGGGAUCAGAAUUAGAAAUAUCACCAUUGGCUGUGUUUGGCUGCUGUGCUUUGCAGCAACAGGUUUGAUGUUCAUAGAAGACACAAUGUACAACACCAUCAUCGCUUUUUGUAUCGCAGCCCUCAGUUUAAUUAUCAUCUGUUUUUGCAGCCUUUCGGUUCUCUGUGUUCUAAGUCAUCCAGGGCCAGGAGAAGGGGGUGGGUCCAGACAGCAGGUUCACCAGUCAAAGCUAAGGGCUUUCUAUACCAUCAUGGCCAUACUGGGAGUGCUGCUGUUGAGGUUUGGCCACAGUAUACUCGCCACUGUCCUGUUUACCUCACUGGAGGAGACUGGGAUGUGUGCUAUAUGGUUUUCUACACCCUGGUUCUCUCUACCCAGCAGUCUGGUGUUACCUGUGCUGUUUCUACACAGAGCAGGAAAACUACCAUGUUGUAAGAACACUGAAUCAGGACAAGGAUCACAAUAGAUUAAAUUAUCUUAAAAGAUCAGAGAACAGUUGGUUAUUGGGAGCCAAUAAUCUAACCCCUUAAAGUUGUUUUUUGUGGCACUGAAAGUUCAGCUAGUGUCAAGUAAAAGAAAAGUGUUUUAUGAUUUAUGAGAGCUUUUAAUUUGCAUUUGUGAUGAGAAAUUUUCAAAACAGGUGGGAAUGCUAGGUCAAGUCAAAAUGCACCAUAUUUGGAAACAGAAAAUUACCAUUAAUGUGCGAGUCCAGAAAAAU